AUGGUCACCAUGGGUGCCUCAGCACCCCAAGGUGUCGCCACCACACUAUCCGCCGAUGGCCUCAUUGCAGUGACAUGGACGGGAGCUGCUCUGGGCAUUCUAUUCACUGGAAUCCGGAUCACAAUUCGCUUAACACAGAUGAAGCGCUUAUUAACAGAUGAUUACUUUGUACUCUUGGCUUUGGCCUUCCUCAUUGCAAAUGCUGUGUUGCAGACCUUGCAGGCACCGCAUCUCUAUUACAUGGCCCUCGACCUAACGGGACCAGAUAUUAUGUACCACGGUACUCUCUACACCUAUUACGAAUUUGCUAUCAUUGGUGUUUUCUGGUCUGUUCUUUGGGCUAUCAAGGGAUCAUUCCUUGCUCUGUUCUGGAUUAUCUCCGACGGUCUGCCUCAUUACCGCCGAGCAUGGUGGGCUAUUACAAUCUUUGCAAUUGUGGCUUAUAUCGGAUGCUGGCUUGCGUCAGUGUUUACGUGUCAUCCAGCGUCCAACUAUUUCAAGUUCGGGAAAUGCGUGAAACCGAUUGACCAGGAGGGAUCCGUUAUCUCUAUUUGUUAUAGUACUGCGGUGGAUAUCAUCACGGAUCUGUUAAUCAUGUCACUCCCGCUCCGCAUCCUUUGGAAUGCGAGGAUCAAUUCAAAGCAGAAGGUCGGCUUAGUGAUUGUCUUUUCACUCGGAUUCAUUAUUAUCGCCGCGGCAAUUGUUCGAGCGGUUGAAAUUUCCGGCAAAGCAUACUCUGACCAAGCAGCCUUGGCUGUGUGGAGUAUUGCCGAAUCAUCAAUAUCGGUUAUCGUUGGCUGCCUGCCGCCUUUCAAAACCUUGAUCUCGAGUAAGAGCAUGGGUUCCUAUAACUACGGUUCCUCCAACUUCAAUCCAAACUCCUAUAAUCGCAACGCUUCGGCAAGGCCUACCAAGCGCUCCCAUGUUGCCAGCUGGAGCGAUGUUGAACUACCCCUACAAGAUCGCAGCACAUACCAGAAUCCGGAUAUUGAGAUCUACGAACAAAACGACGUACACAUAACAGGAGGACAAGUCUCAGGGGUCAUGCAGCCGAAAAAUUCGCAGGGCAGUGCUGAGGACUAUGAAUUAAAAGGGGACAUCAAGAUGGUGAAAGAGUUUAGCGUCGUCUCCUCCGCUUGA